UCUUAUAAAGUGUGCUGGAUGGAGAGAACAGGGAUCUGUGAUCUUCAUCUCUAUUGCACUUCACUGUAACUGCACUGCAAUGGCACAGAACGGGACUAUAGAGAACGGGCUCGCUCGAAACAUAUGCCCUCCGCCUCUGCCUCAGCCGGUGAAAAUCCCUGAGAUUAAACACACAAAGAUUUUUAUCAAUAAUGAAUGGCACACAUCAAUCAAAGGAAAGAAGUUUCCAACAAUCAACCCCGCAACAGGUGUCAAAAUCUGCGAUGUCGAGGAGGCGGAUAAAGCUGAUGUGGAUGAGGCGGUGGAAGCUGCCAGAGCGGCCGGGCAGAGAGGCUCGCAGUGGCGGCGGAUGGACGCCUCGAGCCGGGGAAGGUUACUGCACAGACUCGCGGAUCUGCUGGAGCGAGAGCGCGCUGUGCUCGCGACUUUAGAGUCAAUGGACACUGGCAAACCCUUUCUGCAUGCCUUCUUUGUCGAUCUGGAUGGCAGCAUUAAGACCCUGAGAUAUUACGCUGGCUGGACAGACAAGAUUCAUGGGAAAACCAUGCCAGUCGAUGAAAACUUUGUGUGUUUUACCAAACAUGAGCCCAUCGGUGUGUGCGGAGCAAUUAUUCCGUGGAACUUCCCUCUGCUGAUGUUUAUGUGGAAGAUCGCGCCGGCUUUGGCCUGCGGGAACACGGUGGUCAUUAAACCGGCUGAACAGACCCCGCUGACGGCUCUUCACGUCGGAGCACUCAUAAAGGAGGCUGGUUUUCCACCUGGAGUCGUGAAUAUCGUACCUGGGUUUGGACCAACGGCUGGAGCGGCGAUCGCCAGUCAUAUGAACAUCCACAAAGUGGCAUUUACAGGCUCUACAGAGGUGGGUCAGCUGAUCAAAGCAGCAGCAGCCAAGAGCAACCUGAAGAGAGUGACUCUGGAGCUGGGAGGGAAGAACCCCUGCAUUGUGUUUGCUGACUCAGACCUGCAGUUGGCGGUGGAGGAGACACAGAAGGGCUCGUUCUUCAACCAGGGUCAGGCAUGCACCGCUGCAUCACGUGUCUACGUGGAAGAGCCAGUUUAUGAUGAGUUUGUGCGUCUCAGUGUCGAAAGAGCCCAAAAUAUAGCGAUCGGGGACCCUAUGGAGCCACGAACCUCACACGGGCCACAGAUCGACCAACAUCAGUUUGAGAAGAUCCUGGAGCUGGUGGACAGUGGGAAGAAGGAGGGGGCGACGCUGGAGUGUGGAGGCUGUGCGGUGGAGGACAGACGUCUGUUCAUCCAUCCCACCAUCUUCUCCGAUGUCAAAGACCACAUGCGCAUCGCCAAAGAAGAGAUCUUUGGGCCAGUUCAGUGCAUCAUGAAGUUUAAGACGCAGGAGGAGGUGAUCGACAGAGCCAACAGCUCACAGUACGGUCUGACGGCGGCCGUCUUCACACGGGACGUCCAGCGGGCCAUGAGUGUGUCUGCGGCCCUGGAGGCGGGAACCGUCUGGGUGAACUGCUAUAAUGCCUUACAUGCUCAAGCUCCGUUCGGAGGCUUCAAGAUGUCAGGAAACGGCCGAGAGCUGGGUGAGUAUGCGCUGGCGGAGUACACCGAGGUCAAAGCCAUCACUCUCAAACUCAGCGAGCAGCUGACACUGUGAUCUGUCAAUCAACGCUUGAAGAAACUCUGGCUUCCCCGUCAGGCUCCUCUCGGUUCAUUUCAUGUAGAUGUGCUGUACAGAUUGAAAAGAAAAUGUGUGUGUUUUAUUUGUAUUUAAUUUGGAUGUUUUAAUGCUUUGCUUCUUUUGUUUUGGAGGUCCAGUUCAUCUUCAAGGUUUUAAAGGUCUCCUGUCAUGGCAGCUAAAAACUAACUAUGUUACCAUGAUUCGUUUUUUUGUGUUUACAAAUCAAGUUUCUGAUUGCAUUUUAUGAAUAAUCCUGUAAUCCACCUUAAACCUGAGGUUUAAGUUAAAUUAAGGUGUUUCUGCUCAGAAACAGAAUUGCAGAAAUGAUGUAACUGUUACUCUACAUUGGCUUUGUGAUGCUGGAUGUAAACUGAAUUGAUGAAUACAUCUCUGCACUGUAUAUGUACAGUGGGUUGCCCUGCAUAUAUAUUAAUGUAUAAUUAGAAUUAAAAUGAUUUCGUUUUCUAAAUGUACAUACAUACACAUCAUAUGACAGGGGAAUCAAUGUAAUUGCUUAAAAUAUAUUGUUUACUUUGACUUAUUAAAUAGCUAUUGAUUUAAAAAAAAAUGUGAUCUGUUGUA